CGCGAGCUCUAGGAACCUGAGUUUCCGGGAGACGCGCGAAAUUCGAACGUUCGCUCGGGAGCGCGAAGUUUGAACUCUGGGGCCCGGGAUUAGAACGUUAGCCCGGGAGGAAUUCAAACCGCCGGUUGAUGGGAGGCGACCCACCCCCGGAGCCCAAGGGCUCCGAUAUCCAGGAAAAAAUCAACUUUGAGACUCGGAUGCAGGAAGGGAUCUGCAAACUUCUUGUUGCCUCCACCCAACGGGAUCAGGUGCUGCAUGCUGCGAAAAAUCUGAUAACCUGUAGCACUCGAAUUCAUCACUAUAGAGCUGAGUUACAGAGACGUGCAGACGAACAAACCCUGCCCAAAGUGACAGGGAGGUUAUCAGACACUGAGAUUAAACAGCAUUCAGCAUGUUCUGGAAAACUGGCAAUAUCUGAUAUUCGAAUUCCAUUAAUGUGGAAAGACUCUGAUCAUUUCAACAACCGGAGCAAGAGCCCACGUUUUGCUGUGUUUUGCCUGAUGAAGAUUCAUACUCAGAUUUUUGACACUGAGAUGGUUAUUGUGGAUAAGACUGUUACUGACAUCUGCUUUGAGAAUUUGAUGAUUUUUGAUGAUGUGAAGCCAGAGUUCGAGUUGAAGUUGGAAGUAUACAGUUCCUGCAUGGAGGAGGGGACUUCUAUUAUCAACACUCCCAAGAGACUGGCCCGAAAACUCAGUACCUCUCUCAGCAGAUCAACGGGAAAGAGACUCGCAUCUGCACUGGAAAAAGGAGACGUUGACUCCUUCUUACGUGCUAACCCGGUAGCUGCUGGUACCAAAUAUUACCUGCUCGCAGAAGCCACACUUAAACUUGAUGAUGUUGAAGACAACUUCCGAACACACUGUCUCACCAUCCUGGGAAAUGAGGAAUCAUCUUUUUGGUUGCCCUUGUAUGGAAAUUUGUGCUGCCGAUUAGUAAUUCAACCAGCAUGCAUGACCAUGGACAUGAUGACUGGGUACCUUAAUCUAGAGCAAACGGUAGGAGGCCUGUCUAACUGGACAAGGCUAUACUGUGUCCUGAGAAGUGGCUAUCUCACGGCAUAUUACUCUCCUGAAGAAAUCGAGGCACGAGUGGAUCCCACAUUGAAAAUAGCCAUUGAUAAGGAAACAAGGAUCCGUGCAGUAUGCAAAGGUUCAAGGGUAAGGACACACAGCUUCUCUCUCAUCAACCCCUCCAGUGGUGAGACAAAAAGUCGCGUGUUUGCUGCAGACUGUAAAGAUGAUCUACAGCGGUGGAUGGAAGCUUUUUGGCAGCAUUUUGGUGAUCUAAGCCAGUGGAAGCAUUGUUGCAAAGAGCUUAUGAAAAUUGAGAUUAUGUCACCACGGAAACCACCUUUAUUCCUCACAAAACAAGCCACUUCAGUCUACGAUGAUAUGAAUGUGCAAUCUCCACAGAAAGAUGAGAGUCUAGUGGACAUUAUCCGGACUAGAAUCCAGGAGACCGAUGGAGAGUUCUUGCUCACUAAGCAGGAUCUAACUGAACCCCCUCAGUGGGCAGCCCUGUUUGAUGGCAGCCACGAUAUGGUUGUCCAGAGGAAUGUUCUGACACCAAAUGGUAGCAGCAAGCUUGCUCUGACAUCACCAGGGAAAGCCAAGAAGAGGCCGGCACCCCCUCCACCCGUGGGAAAGCAGCCAUUCCUCCUAGGGGCCCCCCACCCAGAACAGUGUCAGAAAGAGAACACCUGGAGAGUCGGAGCUCUUUCUAAUGUAAGGUCUGAAUUGCCUACCUCCCUGGAUGAUACAAUAGCCCUGGCUCCUCCUGGACAGUGAGCAGCCGACGAAGUCCGAGGUGAAAAUGUAGCCUAAGUAGUAACCAAGUUGGACCAGCCUAAUACACCUUACCUGUUCAUGGUCCGAAAGGAUCCAUUAAAGCAAAGCUUGAUCCCAGGACCUGGGUUCUGUCUCAAAUGUAAGAUCUAAAAUGGAUUUCUUAGUACCUGGAAACGGUGGGAAAUGCAGAUAGAUUCUCUUUUACAUUGUAUCUCUUUAGGAUUUCUUGGGUAGACAUCACCAUUUGGGUUUAAUAUGGCCUAUCAAGAAGCCAGUCAUCAGCCUAAGUUGUUAGAAUUUUUUUGCCAGGUAUUAUACUGUCAACAUCUGUCCUAGCAUAGUUAGCAAAAACCUCAGCGUUGUUUCUCCUGCACUAAAGUAAUUUAAGGGAAUUUUUGUCCAACAUUCUUUCCCAUGCUAACUUUAAUUUGAGCAAAAGGAUUUUUUGCAGUUAAAAUAGUGUUAACCGAGGCACUGAAUAGUUCAGCGAGAAAAAUGAAUUCAAAUAGUUGCCUUGUUUUCUGAACUUCUCUAUGUUUAUAUAGCAGUAGACGGAAUUCGGAAGAUUGUGUAUUUUGUUUGCAUUUAAUUUUUGGAAACUGCCGUCAGCUCAAGGGGAUCCCAGAUUUCUUUGACCAGUGAUUAUUUGUUGCUUUGAUUUUGUUUUCAAUGCUGGGCACGAUUAUUAAAGCAAUAAAAUAGUUCAGCUGGCAUGAA